AUUCAAAAUUAAAAAAUGUUCUGAUGCUAUUCAAUUAAUGUUUAGAUUACAAGACUUUUUGAUACGAGUUAAUAACGUGUCGUUUGGUGUAAACAUAGCUUUCAUGUGUGUCAGCUGUCACUUUCGGUUGUCAUCUUACCUAUUAAAAAAAAAGAAAUACAGACGAAGGAAUCGAGACGACACCGGCAAACAACACCAAUUUCCAUAAGAAUAAAUUAUAUUUUUUAAUAAAUUAAUAUGGACCCUGAAGACGAUCCAAACGAUUACGAUGAUACUGAGGAUGAACUUAUAACAGCCCAAAAAGUUCUUGAAAAUCUUGAAACUGCAUGGGCAAACGAACUCUUCGCUCCAGAAAUACUUUGCCAUCAAACUGAAAUGCUUGAACUUAUGCUUGGCCAAAUCGCACAUAUGGAAGAAAAUAUGAAAGAACUGGACAAAAAUGAUUUUCGCUUUAUAGCCCACCAAAUGGAACUUGAAAGGAUUCGAUAUAUUAUCGCAAGCUAUUUACGUUGUAGACUUCAAAAGAUAGAAAUGUUUACAAAGCACAUAAUCGCAGAGGAAAGUUCACGCGAUGUAAGCGCAAAAAGACUGUCUGCUGAAGAGACAAUAUAUGCCCAAGAGUUCCAUGACAACACGGAGAACUAUUUCAAUGUUGUUGCCCUGCAAUAUAUGCCGAAUUUACAACGGUCGGAUGUAGAAAAACGUAUUGUCCGUCCAAAUUUAAUGAGCCAUGUUUUUCUUAAAGCAGAUGUUUCGGUCUCUGCUGUUGUUGUGGGCGUAGACGAUGAAGAAGUCGACUUGGCUGCUGGUUCGCAACACAUAAUACCCUAUCAAUUGAUUUCUGAUUUAAUUUUAAAAGAACAAGCUCAUCUCAUUUAAGUCCUGUAUCUUUAUUAUCUUUAAAAUACAAUAUUUUUAUAUUUUCAUAAUAAUUUUUAAAA